UUUCGGUUCCUUAUUUCCCAGAAAUUGGGAGUGACGCAUCGUCACGUAAUCAGUAGAAAGAAGCACGUAGACAAGAGAAGACGUCUCUGCUGGUUUGUUACUACACAAUGGCACAAUGGAAACAACUAUGAUAAAGUGUGUUUCUUGCCAGACUGAGAUUUCAUCCUUGUCCAAAUUUUGCCUCAACUGUGGAACAAGAGUCAACCUAACACCAAAUGUUAAGCAUUCUGUUAAAUGUCCUGGCUUAAAUGGACCUUGUGGAAACACACUAACUGUUGAUGCAAAGUUCUGCUCAGAAUGUGGACUUAAAGUAGACCCAUCUUUGUUUGAAUGUCUUGAUUCUCUUCACAACACCGAUGGGAAAGCACAUUGUGAAAGUGACUCCAAAGAUUAUGGAGAGGGUCAUGAUGCAAGAGCCAAGGCUGUAACAGAAACUGCUUCUGAUGCUGAAGACCAAAGUGAAUGUGACACAUUAAACAGUCAGUCAGAGUCACUGGCAUCGGGUCCAGAAGUAGAAACUCAAGGUACAAUUUCACAAGUGAGCCAGCUUAAAAAGAAAAAGAAAAAAAAGAAAAGAAAGAAAAAAUCAAAAGCUAAUAAUCUACCAAGUUCUGAAAGGAAAGAGGAAAAUGUAGCUAAACAAAUCAUUGGUGAUGUGAUUAAAAGGCACAAUAUACCUCCUGAAGUCUCUGUGACAGGGAACACAUCAGAUACUGUAUACCAUAGUUCAAAUGAUUCUAGAAAUGCCAAAGCUGGAACCCAGCUUGAUAGUUCCUAUCCAUCUAAUACUAGUGAAAGUAGUUUAGUUGAAUCUGCUGAAAGCAAAACCCCUGAAUUGAAACCAGAUGAUGUAGAGAAAUAUCCACCAGUCUUUGGUACUGGGAAAACAUCAGAUCCUGUGACUGUGGAUGGAAGCAGUUCAGUGUUCCAAAAGAAUAAUACCAACAGUCAUAAUUCACAGUCACAUGAACCAUCUACAGGUACCACUAGGGAGGAUGAUCUAUCCAAGAAUGAGAAGAAAAACAAAGAAAUGCAGCCCCAAAAACAUGAAGCGACCCAACAUGAACCAUCUACAGGUACCACUAGGGAGGAUGAUCUAUCCAAGACCGAGAAGAAAAACAAUGAAUUGCAGCCCCCAAAACAUGAAGCGACCCGACAUGAACCAUCUACAGGUACCACUAGGGAGGAUGAUCUAUCCAAGAAUGAGAAGAAAAACAAUGAAUUGCAGCCUCAAAAACACGAAGCGACCCAACGUGAACCAUCUACAGGUACCACUAGGGAGGAUGGUCAAUCCACAAAUGAGAAGAAAAACAAAGAAUUGCAGACUCAGAAACACGAAACAACCCAACAUGAACCAUCUACAGGUACCAGUAGGGAGGAUGAUCUAUCCAAGAAUGAGAAGAAAAACAAAGAAUUGCAGCCCCAGAAACAUGAAGCGACCCAACAUGAACCAUCUACAGGUACCACUAGGGAGGAUGGUCAAUCCACAAAUGAGAAGAAAAACAAAGAAUUGCAGCCCCAGAAACAUGAAGCGACCCAACAUGAACCAUCUACAGGUACCACUAGGGAGGAUGGUCAAUCCACAAAUGAGAAGAAAAACAAAGAAUUGCAGACUCAGAAACACGAAACAACCCAACAUGAACCAUCUACAGGUACCAGUAGGGAGGAUGAUCUAUCCAAGAAUGAGAAGAAAAACAAAGAAAUGCAGCCCCAGAAACAUGAAGCGACCCAACAUGAACCAUCUACAGGUACCACUAGGGAGGAUGAUCUAUCCAAGACCGAGAAGAAAAACAAUGAAUUGCAGCCCCCAAAACAUGAAGCGACCCGACAUGAACCAUCUACAGGUACCACUAGGGAGGAUGAUCUAUCCAAGAAUGAGAAGAAAAACAAUGAAUUGCAGCCUCAAAAACACGAAGCGACCCAACGUGAACCAUCUACAGGUACCACUAGGGAGGAUGGUCAAUCCACAAAUGAGAAGAAAAACAAAGAAUUGCAGACUCAGAAACACGAAACAACCCAACAUGAACCAUCUACAGGUACCAGUAGGGAGGAUGAUCUAUCCAAGAAUGAGAAGAAAAACAAAGAACCGCAGCCCGAGAAACAUGAAGCGACCAAACAUGAACCAUCUACAGGUACCAGUAGGGAGGAUGAUCUAUCCAAGAAUGAGAAGAAAAACAAAGAAUUGCAGCCCCAAAAACAUGAAGGCAAGAAGGAUACUCGAAAUAAUCAGUCUGUACAAAAUGACCAGAGGACACAAAGAAUAACUCGGUCUCAUGCUGAUAAAGUAGAUGUGGUGUUCCAUGUCAUAAUUGCAGAUAGUAAAAAAUUUGAUCCAGUUGAAGAAGACAUAUAUAUUACUUUUGGGACAGAAGUAUUGUACAAGUGGGAUUCUCGUAGGUGGAAGAUGAACAGAACUGGGACAAGUGGAAGUUGCCAUGAGUAUUCACUGGCUGUAAGAAUGCCAAAAGAUACUCGGAAUGGAGGUUUUCCAUACAAAUAUGUAUUUGUGAGGAAGAGUGGUGUAGAACAUGAGUGUGUUCAUUUUAUGAUAGCCAAGACAAAAUAUGAUGACCCUAAUAGACAUUUCCACCUUCCACACAAGAGAAAAUCUUCAGAAGAAUGGCAUCAGUAUGAUGGCUUUGUGUAUCAUCCUAAGCCAAGCAGUACAUGGAUUGAAAGUUUAAAAAAUUUCUUUAAAAACACAGGAGAAAAGGUCAAGAAUGACACAAGGAAGGCUGCAGAACACUUUCUUCCAUCUCCAAAGGAGAUUGUUCAAUCUCUGAAGAAUGGAAAUGGUUCAGAACCUGCUGAAGACUUACUCCAAAGAAUUUCCAAUAUAAUGGGCUGUUUGAGGAUUCAGAUGAUUGAUUUGGAUUCCACAUUUAUUGAUGAAUUUUUUUUCUCAGAUUGUUUUGACAUCGUCUUGGAGCCACUCUUUAAUGAAAUAUCAGGCUCUCUUCAGAAAGAGAAAACAAAUGGAACUGCUGAUCAUACAUUAUCUGUUGCUGUUUUUAUAAUGUGUUUGGUGAAAGACAAUGAACUCAAAAUGCAGAAACGGGACAAAGUAAUGGGCACAUUUAUGCAGUCAUUUUUACUUCAGGUAGAUUUGGAGCAAAGAAAUUUUCCAAACUAUGAACUUAUGAAACAGAAUUUUCCAACAAGGAAAGAGUUUAUAGUUAGAACUCUACAAGAAAUGAUCAACCAACAGGGAAAGAAUGCACCAGAUCCAUCAUGGUUGUACUGCCUUCCUUUGCUUCAUUUCCUCCGUGGUGAUUCAGAACCUUUUGAAAUGUCGGCAUCCUGUGAACAUCGAACAGAAAAGUGGUGGGGACUCAUAGGACUUAAAGAUGCAGAAAGAAAUAUAAAGAGGCUCUCAGAAGGACUUACCUAUUAUGAUUACUCCAAACCUUACUAUGACAGGACAACAUCAAUAUCACCUAUGGAAUGGACAAUUCCUGUACAACAUGUUAUUGAAGAUCUACACUUGUUGUUUGAGGCUGACUGUCUUCUACCAAGGAGUAUCAUGGCAGUCAUUUCAAUGAAACAUCUUGAAUAUGCUAUAUUACCUGGAUGGAUUCCACCAGACAUUGUUGCAGCAUGUCUCUUCUAUUACUGUCACACAUUCAAGGCAAAAGAUAUGCCUUCAGAUUCAAAACAAUUGCUUGCAAAAUUGUUGGAAGUUAAUGCUGAACAAUUCCAAAGGACUGCAAAUGAAAUACCAACUAUAUCAGAGAGAAAAAUGAAAAUGAUCACAGAGCAGUUGUUUUUGUCAAAGACCAUUGUGAAAGAUCUCAUUGAUGACAACAUCACUUCAUACAGCCCCCAAGAUUUGGUUCCACCACUUGUUUCUGUCUGUAUGGCUGUGGUUAAUGGUUUGGCACAUGUACACCAACGAAUGUGUCAAAAUCAGAAAGAAGAUUUGCAAAUUUCUCCAAAGAAAGAAGCUCACUAUUUGCUUGAAUAUUUGGAGAAAGCUUUGCUACCAUGGCUAAGUCAUCAGCAUGAUUUCAACUGGAGAUCCAAACAGAAUUUAGAGAAUGCCUUGAUGCUUGGAACCACUAGAUCAUCUGAAGUUCUUACAAUCGGCAUGGAAUCUCGGAUAUCGGACGGACUGAAAGAGAGACUGACAUCAGUAGCAUUUCUGUCUUUUGAAAAAGAAAUGAUGGCAGUUUACAUUACAGAUGGAGAGAAAUAUGGUUUGCUGACUGACAAUUGUCUUGAUCUCCUCUGUAAAGCCAGUGAUUUUCUCAGUUUGACUGUGAAGAAUGUCCUAAAAGGAACCAUUGAAGUCGGAAGCCUCAAGAAAGUGUUGUUGCAGAAGGAAAAUAUCUUGAGGCUAGUGGUGGCAUCUGAAGCUAACUACACUGAUGCCUCAGCUACAAAAACAGAUGUGGAUUAUUUGAGGAAUGUUCUAGAAGCUAGAGGGAGAGAACUAACUGCUUGUGAAGAGUAUCUGCACCAGACAGACUGUCUAAUGUCCUUUUGUGCACAUUUGAAUAAAGUGGACACUACAGAUAUAUCAAGACGUACGAGUAAGAUUGGAAGUACCUUUGACAAACUAAUCCUAGAAAAUGUUUGUUUCGCCUGGAACUUCCAAAGUCAAGACAGAUUUGAAUUUGCCAGCUAUCAGCCUUCAGUGAACAUAUUUCAUAUUCCUGAUCAGCUUCUGUUCAUCAUUCCUCAGCUGAAAAUGCUGAUGCAAAGUGGAUUAUUCCUAGCAAUAUGGGAGCGUGAAGGAAAUAGUGAUGCACUCAAUGAUGGUUUAAAUUCAGUUCUUGUUGCCUGGAAAAGUGCGAAACAAAAGUGGGAUACUCUGAGUAUGGACAUUAAAAAAGGCACAAUCUCAUUUCGUAAUAUUCAGAAGCAUCUUUACAUGUUCUCUUCGAAUUAUGAUCAAAUCAAACAUGAGUUUACUUUGAUGAAUGAUGAGAAAUCCAGUGAGUGGGUGGAUGAACGAAUACAGCAACUGAAAACCUUCUCCUUAGUGGAUAAGUGUCAGAAGGCUGCCAUUGAAAUUAUGCAGAUCCAGAAGCAGUUCGGUUUCAGUGGAGACUUUAAACCAAUUGAGGAAAUACUGAAUCUGACAAAAAGUGCAAAUGUGGCCAUGAAAGAAAUGGACCAGUCUGUUCUUGAAACCUGCAAAUUGUUGGAAAAUGUUUCUGACAAACAGAUUGAAAGCUUGGUGGCAUUCAGACAAAGCAAGCUCCUUGUUGACUGGUUAAGACAAUCCAUGAAAGCUGGAUUGAAAGAGUUGAAGGUGUUUGUGGAUCUGGCUUACAUUUCUGCCGGGGAAGGAGACCAUGAGAUCCAAAAGGUGAACUGUCUACAUGCUGCCACCACGGGAUAUGCUCCACUAGUGUUUGACUGCGACCAGCAGUGUGAUUACAGCAUGUUUUUACAAAGUUGUCAAUCAGUGUGGAGAGAACUGAAGAGCAACCCAAAUCUACCAGAAAUGUUGCGGGACACAUGUUGCUUUUUGCAAUGGUUGAAGGAAGUUAGCCAGUCCCAUGGUUCUGUGGAGGUGACAUCAUUGUCUCAGGCUGGAAUGAUCAACUCCAAGGGUCUAUAUCGCAUUGGAAACUUAACCAGAGAAACAGCACCUCCCCAUUUGGAUUUGAACCAUGUCAUCAGUCUACAUGUGAUGCCUGAUUGUGCUGAAAGUGAUGUUGUCAGGAAAUACUCCUAUAAUCAGUUGGUGGAUCUUCAAAGUCGGCUUAUGUUGGUGGCUGGAAGAGCUGAAAAGGGGAAGGAAAAUGUUGAUCUGUUCAUGAUGAUUUUAGAUGGCAUAGUGCGACUUUCCAGGACCUACAUCAAACUCAUCUCGGAUGGAUGUGUACUCUUCAACUGCUGGAAGGCAAAUUUCCUUUGUGAUGUUUCUCGUGAUGCAUGUAUCAUUUUAGAUUUUGGGGAAACCUCUGAAUCACUGAAAGGACACCGACUGAACCAUCGACUUGAAGAGUUCAUAAAUGCUUUGGCAAAUGUUUUUGAGGAUUGCCACAUGGACUGGUUGAAAUAUUUAAGUGACAAACGUGACCAGUAUUUAGAGCUGAAUUUCUUCACAAUUAGCCAACUGGUUUUUCUACAGAAAGAGCUGAUCAAGAUUGGAACCAAUGUGGAGCCAUCAGACUUGGUAUUUCCACUGCUGUCACUGAUCAAGCCAGAAUGUUCCAUGUCAGACAUACAGCAGGCCAUGCAAAGCGCUAAAGAUGAAAUAUUCCAGAUUGAGCAGAUGGAAGAGUUGGCCCGUGAAGAAACGGAAGAUGCACCAAUGGAAAGACAAGAUACAGAGCAAUACUUUAUACUGGAAUUGAUGAAAGCUGGAAACACUGAAACAUUAGCACAAGCUGCCUUUAAUCAUGUUGCAGAUGCUGAUAUAGAUGCAGCAAUUGUUUGGUGUUUGGAGCAUGAGGAUGAUGUAGAAUUCCAGUCUUCAGCAGUUGACCCAGUUGGGGUGACCUCAGAGCCUUCUGAAGAGCAGUUUUCUGGGUGGAACGCGGAAGAAAUUUCAUUUGCAUCAAGAGCUGCUUCAUUAGUGCGGAAUCUUCCAGAACUAUUCAAAAAAGAUACCUCAGUGACUGCACUCACCAAGAAUAUUGAGCACAUCUGGAAAACAUUUCUGGGCUCCGUAUCCUCCAGUGUGGCUGAUUACCUGAGUGUUGAACAUCUGGGAAUUAUACUGCGCAAGCUGGCUUUGUCAUGUGACCAGUCUCUUAAUCGGAAACUUCCUGUUCAGCUGAAAGCAAAGACUCCAAACUUGAUGGUCUGUCAAAAGAGUGAUAUGCUGAAUGCAGUGCUGCAUAUGUACGUGGAAGAUCCUGAUCAACCAUUGCCACGACCUGAUGAGGUUUUGUUAUGCACACCAGAAACUACUUUUGAUGAAGAGGAGAUGUUACCCCAGAAGUCAAAUAUGGAACAGGCUAUAUUUGAGAUUGAUGUGUUCAAGGGAGAGGCUCUAAUACCAAUGUCAGAAGACCCAUUGGUAUGGUGGAAAGGACACCAGUGGCAGUCUCCCAUUAUCUCCCAGUCAGCAAGGAAACGCUUGUGUAUUCCAGCAACAUCGGUACCAUCAGAACGUGUAUUCAGUACAGCUGAGUACAUUGUAACAGCACAGACAGCUGGGGACAUUGUUGACAUUUUCUUACGGCGAGCAUUUUUCAGUCCUUUGGGAAAAAUUCAUUGUUUGACAUAUGCUGAUCUCUUGAGAUAUGAAAUUGAAGAAAAGAUAGAAAAGAAGUUCAUUGACUACAUUGUAAAAGCAAAUGCUAAAGAUUGUGACUACAAACUUGUAGUUCUGUGUUCAUCAGAAAAUGAGUUCCGAGCUCGCCUUGUAGCAGCUCUUGAUCGUCAUCGCUGUCAGCCCCCAAUAAUCAGAGUGAAGAACAUCAAAGACUACCUGACAGAGAAGUUCGCAGCAGUCCGUGUUGAGAAGAAUGCAAGAUCUGCUUCCCAUAUUGAUUUCUCACAUUCUACAGUGCGUGUUGUGAAAUCCAAGAGAGCUGGCAUUGGAAAGACUCUGUAUAAGAAACGCAGAGUGACAGAACUCCGAGAACUGAAUCCCAUGUUUAGAGAUAAAGACUUGUCAGUAUCUAUUCCUCUGUAUGAGAAGAACGUGGUCAUGACACAGGUUGUUGACAAACUCUUGCCUUGCACUCUGAAACCUGGACAAGUCUUUCCAAGGAUUUUUCAUUUGAACAUUUCAUAUGAGGUCCAGGAAGGUUUGGAUUAUCUUUUGUUCAACCUGUUGAUUUUGGGGAAAGUGUCAAAUGAAAAAGGACACAUCUGGCUCCGCUCAGCCAUGGAUCUCUACUUGGUUGAAAUUAUUCCCAUUUCAGAUGUCAGAGACCACAGAAAAACCAAUGCACGGUUGAUACAUCCCAUAUUAGAAAUUCUGCCACAUGUGACGUGUUGGUCUCCACAAGACAGUUUGCAGAUCCUGACUAAAACAAGUAGACCUGAUGAAACCACUAUGAAGCAAUGUAUGUCUUGUCUAGCUGAGCUUUCAGCCACUGCUAAAUUUUGCAAGAAAUGUGGUGCAAACGUUAAUAUUACACCAAAGGUUUUGCCAAGGGUUAAACUUAAAUGUCCUGGCAAAGAGGAAUACUGUGGAAAUGAACUGGAUGCAGAUGACAUGUUUUGUGAAAUGUGUGGAUGGAAAGUAGAUCAGUCUUUGUUUGAAAACAUAGAUUCUCAUAGUAUCACAAAGGACAAGGAAACUGACUUAGCUGAUUGCCAGGGACAGGGCCAAGAUAAUGAGGUCAAAACAGAAACGGCAAAGGAAGAUUCGCAGCCACCAAUGUUGGAAGCUGUUUCCAGUACUUCUGAUGGUCCUGAUGCUAAGUUUGGUGAAGAUGACAGUGAACCUGACACUCUAGACAGUCAGCCAGAUUCAUUGAUGUCCGAUGAAUUUAAAGAAGAAACCGCUCCAGGAGCAACAACAGAGGGAAACAAACCUAAGAAAAAGAAAAAGAAGAAAAAGAAGAGUUCCAAGUUAAAGUGUGACAAAGAAGCAGAAAAUGUUGCUGAACAAACUACUAAUGCAUCAGCCGACAAUCGACAAAGUGAUGAAAGUAGAGUUGAUCAGGAAACAAAAAUAGAUGCUUCUGUACAGGAGUCUUCAAGUGAUAUGAGUAAAACAGUAUCAAAUACAAACACACACCAGCAAACUGUUGACAAGCAGCUCUGUAAUGAGAAUAAUGGACAGUUAACAGUUUGUGAGCAGACAUCAAGCCAAGAUGUUUCCAUCUCAAAGAGUGGCAUGGAAAAACCUGCAUCAGAUGCUGAUAAAGAAAAAACCCAAACACCAAAAACAGGUCAGGCAAUUUCUUCAAUCUCAGAGAGUAGAAUAGAGAAACCAGCAUCCGAUGCAGAUAGAGAAAAUAACCAAACAACAAAAAUGGAUUGGUUAAGUUCUUCCAUUUCAAAAAGUCAGUUAGAGAAACUAGAAUUGGAUGCUGACAAAGAAAAAACCCAACCACCAAAAACAGAUCAGGCCGUUUCUUCCAUCUCAGAGAGUGGAAUAGAGAAACCAGAAUCAAAUGCUGAAAAAGAAAAAACCCAAACACCAAAAACAGGUCAGGCAAUUUCUUCAAUCUCAGAGAGUAGAAUAGAGAAACCAGCAACCGAUGCAGAUAGAGAAAAUAACCAAACAACAAAAAUGGAUUGGUUAAGUUCUUCCAUUUCAAAAAGUCAGUUAGAGAAACUAGAAUCGGAUGCUGACAAAGAAAAAACCCAACCACCAAAAACAGAUCAGGCCGUUUCUUCCAUCUCAGAGAGUGGAAUAGAGAAACCAGAAUCAAAUGCUGAAAAAGAAAAAACCCAAACACCAAAAACAGAUCAGGCAGUUUCUUCUCAAGUCACUGGCGGUGACAAAACGACACUAGAGAUGCUGAAGCAAAGUGACUCUGCCCAAAAUAACACAGUUGAAAAUGAUAUAUUUUACCCCCCAAGCUCAAAUGAUAAUAAUUCCAGUGCUGCUAAGAUGGUAUUUGGUACUGGAAAAACAACCGAUCAUAUUUCUGUGGAUGGGAAUGAUCCACAGUCUAGAGAAAUAAAUACUGAGAAACAAAAGGUUCAAUCUGCUGAAAAAGACGAAUCAGAUGAAAAUAAACAAGUAAUUAGUACUUCUGGCAGCACUGAUGAAGAUCCACAGAAAUCAAUUGAAAACAAAGAACCAGGUGAUCGAAGCAGUGUUGAUCAGCAGACAGAAGAAAAAAAAGAGCAUGAAUAUCCCACCUAUCCUAAAUUUGAGGAACAGGCAAAAAAGAAGAAGAAAGGAAAAAACAAGUCAGCAACAAGCAAAAAUGUAUCACAAAAUGAUCAGUCUCAAGAUGCAAAGAAGGAUGAGACAGAAUCCAGGGCAUCAAGACCCUCCUUUUCUGAUGGAGUUGAGGUUAUGUUCCAUGUUAUAAUAUCUGACAAUACCAACCAUGAUCCAGCCAAAGAGGACAUUUAUAUUGCUUUCUCUUCACCUGUAUUACAUGAUUGGGCAACUGAUAAGUGGAAGAUGGAAAGAAGCAGUAAAACUGGAGACUACCAUGAAUAUAAUUUAUCAGUAAAAAUGUCAAAAGCUGUACGCAAUAAAGGUUUCGACUACAAAUAUGUGUUUAAGAAGAAGAACAAGGUGGAAUAUGAAAUUGUUCACUUUAUGAAGGUCAGAAAGCAUAUUGACAAUCCAGAUCGACUAUUCUUCAUACCAACAAAUUUUAAAACAUCUUCAGAUAUGUGGCACCAGUAUGAUGGCUUUGUUUAUCAUCCUUCACCAAAGGAGGGUUGGUUUGAAAAAAUUAUCAAAGGUUUGUUCAAGAGCAUGAAAGCAAAACUCAGAAGUGACACCUUGAAAGCAGCAGAGCACUUUCUUCCACAUGCUGAUGAAGUAAUCCAAUGUUUAAAGAAGGAAGGUGGUUCAGUCCAUGCUGAAGACUUGAUGCACAAAAUAACUGCUGUUAUGGCAACUUUAAGGAUUCAGAUUAUAGAUGCACGAGGAUUGUUCGAUCCUGAAUUUUUCUCAGAAGUAGGUAUUUAACCAUAGUAACUGUUAUGGUUCAAUAAUAAUAACCUUGCUUUCUAAUGAGAAUUGAGAGUGAAAAUAAUACAAACCUAUUUUUGGCUCAUUAACAUGGAUAUUAUAACAAAAGACUGCUGUGAAAACCAACAAAUUGGUAUGCUCAUUGUUCA